CACCGAGGAUGCCUGGAUUUUUUUUGCCGUCCGUGCUGGUCACUACAUACUGACUUCCCCUGAGUGACGAUGUCUGCCUUCAGCGCUCUCCGAUCGUCAAAACUCGUCUCAUGGAAACCCACCGGCAUGUUUCAGCAAACCCUAGCGGGUUGCGUUGAGCGUAGGGGUAAGGCUUUACAUUCGGGAAAGGUUUCGACGGUGAGAUUGUGCCCUGGAUUCGCUGGCCAUGGGAGGUACUUUGAUUUUCGCUCCAAUUCGAUUCCAGCGUCUGUUGAUUUUGCUCAGGUGUCGCCUCUCUGCACCACUUUGUGUAAAGACGGUUUUCGAAUUCAAACCGUGGAGCACUUGCUUUCUGCUUUGGAGGCUGCUGGUGUUGAUAAUUGUAGAAUUGAGAUAGAGAAUUCGGAUGCUCAAGGGAAUGAUGCUGAGAUUCCUAUAUUUGAUGGGUCAGCAAGGGAAUGGGUGGCAGCAGUAGAAGAAGUUGGUUUAAAGGUGGCAACUGAUCUCGAGGGCAAAAGCUGUGAGAAAAUGGCGCCACAUGUGAAUGAACCAGUGAAUGUUUGGAGAAAUGAUUCUUUUAUUGCUGCAUUUCCUUCUGAAGUGGUUCAAAUAACUUAUGGCAUCAGCUUUCCACAGGCACCUGCUAUUGGCUGCCAGUGGUUUUCUACAACCCCCUUGGAUUAUUUGGUUUAUUCCAUGCAGAUAGCUUUGUCAAGAACCUUCUGCAUUUACGAGGAGGUCGAGCAAAUGCGUAAUGCUGGACUUAUCAAAGGGGGUUCUCUAGAAAAUGCCAUUGUGUGUAGUGCCAGUAAAGGUUGGUUGAAUCCACCUCUGCAUUUCAGUGAUGAACCUUGUCGACACAAGAUCUUAGAUCUUAUUGGUGAUCUCUCGCUGUUUGCUCAGUUUGGGAAUCAAGGACUCCCAGUGGCACACAUUGUAGCUUACAAGGGUGGCCAUGCAUUGCAUGCUGAUUUGGCACGCCGCCUGAUGGGAAUGAUUUGAAAGGCUAACAUGUUGCCACUGAUAACCAAGAAGAUAUUGCAGUAAUAGGUGCAUUUGUUGAAGUAGUUGCCUGAUGCUUUUGAGCCUCUGUGCAGCCAAGGUGGCCUCGAAGAGAUGCUGAAAUGUGUAAACGUCUUACGUUAUUAUUCUGUCUCUCUCCAUUGUUUCUCUCUUUUGGCACCAGCUAGACGAGAAGGAGACCGAAGUCCUUCCUCUAGUUCUGCUUCGACCACUGUGUCAGCUUUGUAAAUGAAAGCAUCCAAGCAAAAAACUUUGUAAAAGAAAGCAAUUCAAUUUCCUAUAAUUUCAAUUUUUUAGCAAAUCGUAUAGCCA